AUGCCUUCACUGGAAUCACCACCUUCAGAGGACUCUAUCGACGAUAGUGUUCCAGCAAGUCCAAGUACUUCUCGAAGUCAAUCUCAAUCCAGUUCAACGCGUGAAAAAACUAAUUCCGAACCCAAACUACAACAGUUGUACGAUUUAAUGAAAUCUUCGCAAGAUUUAAGACGCCAGAAACAUAAUUUCAAACAAGACAUGGACGAAACUGAUUUAUUUUUCCUUAGUAUGAGCAAAGAAGUUAAAACGUUGUCAAAACUAGAACAGACAAAAAUAAAGUUAGACUUGCACACCGCUAUUUCCCAAGCAGUAAUACGGCAAUUGGAACACAGAGACAAGAUUUUAAAAACGCCCAUAACAAUUAACACUCCAAGAUUCAUUCAAUCAAAUCCACAACAUCAGUCGUCAACAUACAUCUUAACUACUGCAGACGUUCAAUCACCAACAUACAAUCAGUCAACAACACAAGCUAAUUCACCCACAUAUAUCCAGUCAUCAUCACUUUUAACAAAAUCUCCACCACAAAACCAUGCUGUUUCAAAUUCUGAAGACUCUCAACGAUUCAUCCAGUCAACUCCACAGCGUCAGUUGUCAUCAUACAUCCAAACUCCUACAGACGAUCAAGCACCAACAUACAUCCAGUCACCUAUGCACACUCACUCACCAAAAUAUCUCCAGUCAUCAUCAUUUCCAUCCAGAUUAAACACACAACCUGUUGUUUCAGAUGACUUGAAGGCAUACUAUGAUAAUUUUGAUGAUUAUGAAAAUGAUGAUUAA